AUGAGUUCUCAAGACACUAAACCUGAUAUUAUAUCCCACUCACCACAAACAAGAAGUAGAUCAUUGUCUGGUUCAAUAAAAAAUUUGUUCAAAUUGUCUUCAUCAUCACAAAUUAAUAAUGGUCCUCUCUCGAAACACGCAAGUGACCGAACAGACAAUAAUACUUUACCAAAAAUAGUAGAAUCAAAAAAAGAUGAUUUAAUACUAUCUAAAGAAGUUCCUGUUAGCUCAAAUAACUCACCAUCAUCCAAAUAUGUUAGUUUCUCAUCAGACGAAGAGGGUCCUGUAUUACAACGAGUACCCGUACGAAAGAACACUGUAAAAUCUUCCUCCAAACAUCCUACAUCUCCAAGAUAUUCUUCUGAUGGAGGCAAUAGUACUGAAAUUUUAUCGAAGGUUGAAGGAUCAGUCAAUACUCAUUCUAGCAGUUCUAGAGACGCUUCAAGAAAAUCAAAUUCUGCUGGAUUAAACGAAUCCGACUCAUCUGAUAAUACUAAUAGACAUAUUGAUUCUAUACUAUCUUCUGACAGUAAAAGUUCUAUCCAAAAUCUUAAACUUGAAGAAACAGUUACUAAGAAUAAAAAGAAUUCAAUUCAUCCCCCAAACCACCACGUUCCAGCGGCAAGUAAUAAAGUCGUCAAUGGAGUAAACGAAAGCCAAACUUCAGCUAAACUAGGGAAAAGUCUAUCAAGAAAUAAUUCAUUCAAAAUACCAUCACUUUUUAAAAGCACCAAUGCUAGCUCAAAUGGCAAUACCCUUAACAUCGGUAAUGUAAGUGACAUAUCUAGAUCGAAUUCAUUGUCUGGAGUUUAUUCACCACUAUCCAGAAAAAACAGUAUCAGUUUACAACCUCGUAAAACAAAACCACAUUCUGACACAAUAAGCGUAGGUUCAUUACAACCAGAAGAUAAUAGAGGUAAAUGCAUAUUACAAGUUGAAAACUUUAAAGUAUUUGAAAAUGGUAGUCAUGAACAUAAUUUAAAUAUAAUGCAGGUUAUACGCCCUUAUAUUGAUAAUGGACACGAUGAAGCUUCCGAUAAUAGUGCUCACGAAACACACGAUAAUGUGAAACAACGUUCGGCAUUUUCUCUGAUAAGUAUGUUUAAAUCUCAUAAAAAUGAGGAAAACUUGGCAAAUAUUCAACAGGAUCAAACAGUGGAUAAUGAACUUAAAAAUGCAUUUUCUUUGAUAAGUUCCCAUACUGGAGAUAUUCCAAAAGUUGUAUGUACGUCUGACGUCAGUGAUUCAGAAACACAAACGACUAAUUCACAUGAUAUAAAAGACUCGAAUAAUAAAAACGAUUUAGGUGAAUUAUCUAAUAAAAUUGUGAAUGAACAUGCUGCAAUUGGGGUAACAGAGUUAAAGCUGAUUAAUGAACUUUCUGAAAGAAUAAAUAAGGCCCUUUCAGGGAAGAUCUCUGAUGCAUCUCAAUUUAAUCGAAAUAAUAAAGCUACUUUUGAACAGAAAUUUGGUAAAUCAGUAGGCGUAGUUCUUGGGCAUGGUUCAUAUGGGACAGUUAGAUUGUUCUCAAAAGAUAGAAUUGAAUCUGAUCCAGCAUCGUUUCAAUCUUACUGUGACAAUAAAAAAAUAUUUUUUGCAGUUAAGGAACUGAAACCAAGAUCUAAUGAACAUAAGGACAAAUUCACUACUCGUAUUACAUCUGAAUUUAUUAUCGGACAUUCAUUAAGUCAUUCAAAAAAUAGAAAUGGUAUUGUAAGAUGUCAUCCAAAUAUUGUAAAAAUUAUUGAUUUAAUGGAAGUUUCGAAUACUUCAUUUAUUGAAGUUUUAGAAUUUUGUCCUGCCGGUGACUUAUAUAGCAUCUUAAUUGCUAAGUCUAAAUCAGGCAUGACAUUAAAUCCGUUAGAGGCUGACUGUUUUAUGAAACAAUUACUGACCGGUAUACAAUUUAUGCACAUUCAUGGUGUUGCACAUUGUGAUCUAAAACCUGAAAAUCUUCUAUUUCAUUCUAAUGGUUUGCUUAAAAUUUGCGACUUUGGCACAAGUUGUGUUUUCCAAACUGCAUGGGAGAAGACAGCGCACUUUCAAUCAGGUAUUGUUGGUUCUGAACCAUACGUUGCACCAGAAGAAUUCAUUCAUGGCAAUGAAUAUGACCCAAGAUUGGUAGAUUGUUGGAGUGCAGGUGUAAUAUAUUGCUCUAUGGUCUUGGGUCAUUAUUUAUGGAAGCUUGCUGUCCCUGAAAAAGAUUCCCUUUACAAAUCAUUUUGUACAGAAAUGAAUGAUUCGAAUGAAUUCUAUGUUUUCGAAGAAAUGAAACAUAUCAAUCAUGAAAUAAAUCGUUUACGUAAGAUGACACUUUACAAAAUAUUUCAAAUAGAUCCUUCAAAAAGAAUAACCAUAGACCAGGCACUUGGUUCAGCAUGGAUGAGGAACACAAAUUGUUGCAUUCACUAUAAACGUAGUAUAUAG